AUGAAAUUAAAUAUACAAAUUAUUCACUUUGCAAUAUUCUUAUUACUAAUUUUCGUUCAUAGAAUUAAUUCUAGUCAAUCUACUACUAAAAAUGACUUAAAAUUCAAUUUAACUACCACUCCAACUACAACUACCAAUGCUAAAGCCAUUUCCACAAACAAUAUCAAAUUAUAUACUACUGCCAAAGCCAACGUAAUAAUUACAUCCAAAGUCGUAUCCACUACUGUCAAAGCUAAUGCAAUGACUACGACCAAAGCCUCUUCCUCUACUGUCAAAAUCAAUGCAAUCACUACGAUCCAAGCUGCCCCUACUACUAUCAAAAUCAAUGCAAUCACUACGGCUAAAGUUGCCUCUACUACUGUCAAAAUCAAUGCAAUCACUACAACUAAAGCUGUCAAAAUCAAUUCAACCACUACGGUCAAAGCUGCCCCUACUACUAUCAAAAUCAAUGCAAUCACUACGGCUAAAGUUGCCUCUACUACUGUCAAAAUCAAUGCAAUCACUACAACUAAAGCUGUCAAAAUCAAUUCAACCACUACGGUCAAAGCUGCCCCUACUACUAUCAAAUUCAAUGCAAUCACUACGGCUAAAGCUGUCAAAAUCAAUUCAACCACUACGGUCCUCACCACAAAUAGAAUUAGCAGUAACAAAGCCACCACUACUAAUACAGCUAUACCAAUUAUCAUUCCUUAUUGUUGUAAAAGGGGAAGUCCUGGUUUCGGUAGUCGAUAUAUGCAUAGUAUAGUUUAUAAUGUACAUCUUAAUACAGAAACAUUAUUAGAAUGUUGUAUAGCCUGUAUUAAUAACCGUGAUUGUAUUCAAUGGACCUUUGACCAUUAUAAAAAGAAAUGUUGGUAUGCUAAUAAUGCUUUACAAGAUGUUUGUAAACAAAGUACCACAGGUUAUUCCUACUUUGAAGGUGGAGUUAUGCGAUGUUCAGGUGGUUGUAUGCCGUAA